GGGAUUUCUCACUGGCAACUCCAGCGAUCUGAUUUUUCCCCAAUCGGUUCGAUCCAUCGCCUGAAAUUAAUCGAUUGGUCGAUGGAACCGGCUCAGCGCUUCCUUAACCCAUCAUCCCGGAUAACACCCCCUCCUGCAGCUUGCCCGCGCUUCCCCCCGUCCACUCCCGUCCACUCAAUCCACACCAUCCACACUUCUUCAUGCAAGGCAUGCCCCUCCAGGCUUACGCGGUGGAGAACUGUGCCACCUCCAGAUUGGAAGCAGCCCAUGAGCGGUGGGAAAAAGGUACCGCUCCCCCAGAAACGAGGGAUGAGGUGUAGCGCGUACCGAAUACCUCUUCGCAAGCAGUGUCUACCACCGCCAGGACAUGUACAGAGUACGGGGAUACCUCCGUACCUCAUCCCCCUUCCAUCCUUCCCCCUCCAUCUCUGCAGGGACUCGGCAGAAAAGCUGUUUGUUUCCCAAGGUUCCAAGCUCCUAUUUACCCCUCUCUCCGAAGAAGCGGUGAUUCACCGCUUCAUCGAGUAUUGGCCCUGGUGCUGCCAUGCUACAGUGUAGUACUUGAAAUAGGUACGUUUGAGAAAAGGCGGUAGGCAGGCUUUGCCAAUCUAUCCACAACAGACUGUGUGUUCUCUUGAGAACCGUGCGCUUCGACGUGAUGCAUCGCAUCAUUUUCGCCCUUUCGUUUGUUGGAGACGGACCUUCCCUCGUUGCCUGACAAAACAAAAAAAAGCUCGGGACUUUUGUUUACGUGUGCACACUGGCCAGAGCUUCUCGGACCGAGGGAAGUGGAAGAAGAAGACACAUCCAUAGAAUGCA